AUCACACCAGCCGCGUUUGUCAUCGUACAAAUCGAUUCCGAUAAUGUGCAGUUUACGCUUUUAGUUCAGUGUGCAGUUCGAGGGUGGCACAAUCUUUUUACUUUCUCAUCAAACUGGAAUACUUCCAUGCAUGCUUCUCCUACUCCUACUCCUACUCCUACCCCAAUGGACCGCAUAGAUGCCUUCUGGCACGAGGGGAUGCUCACCCAUGACAGCGGCAGUGGCGUAUUCGACUCCGGAAUGGACCCGGGCUUUCUUGACGUUCUGGAGAAGCACCCGGAGAACGCAGACAGGGUCAAGAACAUGCUCUCCAUCCUCAAACGAGGCCCCAUCUCUCCCUACAUCUCUUGGCACUGCGGCAGACCUGCUCGCAUCCCCGAAUUGCUCUCCUUCCACACUCAAGAAUACAUAAAUGAGCUAAUCGAAGCUGAUAGAAAUGGAGGGAAGAUGCUUUGUGCUGGAACUUUCUUGAACCCUGGAUCAUGGGAUGCUGCGCUGCUUGCUGCUGGUACUACAAUGUCGGCAAUGAAGCAUAUACUUGAUGGGCAUGGGAAAAUUGCAUAUGCAUUGGUUAGGCCUCCAGGUCACCAUGCUCAGCCUACUCAAGCUGAUGGGUACUGCUUCCUUAACAAUGCGGGUCUUGCUGUUCAAUUGGCUUUAGAUUCUGGGUGUCAAAAAGUUGCAGUUAUUGAUGUUGACGUUCACUACGGCAAUGGAACAGCAGAGGGGUUUUACAAGUCAAAUAAUGUUCUUACCAUCUCCCUUCACAUGAAUCAUGGGUCGUGGGGUCCUUCUCAUCCACAGAGUGGAUCGGUUGAUGAGAUUGGUGAAGGACAAGGGUUUGGUUAUAAUAUGAAUAUACCUCUACCAAAUGGAACUGGUGACACAGGAUAUGCGUAUGCCAUGACCGAGUUGGUCGUUCCAGCUGUUCAAAAGUUUAAGGCUGAUAUGAUGGUUUUGGUUGUUGGCCAAGAUUCAAGUGCUUUUGAUCCAAAUGGAAGGCAAUGCCUGACAAUGGAGGGUUAUCGAGAGAUUGGACGGAUAGUUCAUAGCUUGGCAGCUAGGCAAAGUGGUGGUCGCCUUCUUAUUGUCCAAGAGGGUGGAUAUCAUGUUACAUAUUCAGCUUAUUGUCUUCAUGCAACACUUGAAGGUGUGCUCAACCAACCACUUCCUCUGUUAUCUGAUCCCAUAGCUUAUUACCCAGAGGAUGAGGCCUUUGCUGUAAAAGUAAUUGAAUCCAUUAAGCAGUACCAAAAGGACACCUUCCCAUUUCUAAAAGGAGCUUAAUUUGGAGAAUGCUGAUUCUGAAGAACUUCUCCAAGGAGCCAAUUAAAAUGGGUUUAUUGGUGUCAGCUUAUUGUAAAUAUGAUAUUUAUAAGAAUUAUUUUGAUAAUUAGAUCAGGGUAAUUUCUUUGUUCCAACCACUAAAAUAAAUUCUUAAUUCUAAUUAGUUCGUUCCAUAGUAAAAUGUGAGAUUAGAUUUUCUUUCUUUCAGUUGUUCCUAUUAUAAGAAAACAUGUUGGAUUUAA